AUGUCAGAACAGGAUGAUAAGAAGUUUAUAUUGCCAAAAUCAACCAAAGAUCUAAAGGCUUGCUAGUAAUGUGGGGUAAUACUGACAGUUGAGUAAUGGAAUAGGGCAGUGGAGUGUCCGAAUUCUUGCAAUGCUUCUUAGACCAAGUUAUUUUCAGGUAUGAUUUGUGUUCUGAAACCAUCAUAAAGUUGGGUAAUGAGAAAAUUGGGAAAUCCAAGGAGUAUUCAUCCAGGAUUAUAUGCAAUAGAUGUUUAGGCAGAUUGA